GAAGUCCCCUCCUCGCUACUCCGACCUCUCCCCUCCGCCUCCUCCCCCCUCCCCUCCCUCGUCACUGCCCUUGCCUCUUUAGGCUCGGCCCUUUCUCCCUCCCCUCACGCCCUCCCCGUGCCCUCUUCCACAUCCGAUUGGCAGCAAAGAUGGCGGACUCUCUCGACGUGAACUUCGUCCUGUCGGACAUCGAGUCCGACUCGGAGGACGUCAAGCCCGGCACCAAGCGCAAGCAGCGGUCCUCCAGCGGCAGCCGCCCAGCGGCGCCCGGCGCCCAGGCCGGGAAGCCGGCCCGCGCGGCCAAGCCCGCUGCCGUUGCCAAGAAGGGCCAGCCCCCGGCCAAGCGCCUGCGCUUCGACAAGGCCUCGGACCUGUCCACCAAGCCGGCGGCCGAACAGGCCGAGGGGGUCUGGCUUCGGCUGAAGGCCGAGCUUCAGCAGCAGUUCACCGACAUGGAGCUCGGGGGCCUGAGCCUGCAUGCCUCGCAGAUCGCCGACACCAGUGCCUCCUUCGGGCUCCCGCGUGAGGACGCCAACCUGGUGCAGUUCAUCAAGGAGGCCAUCCCCACCUGGGACGUGGACCUUCGCCAGAUGUCGGCCAAGGCGCGCAAGAAGCUCUCCAAGCACAAGUCCGACGGCCAGGACGGCGGGAUGAAGGCCCUGCCGCGCGUCGUCAUUGUGUGCUCCUCUGGCCAGCGCUGUGUCGAUGUCAUCCGCCUGCUGGCCCCGUUCAAGGACAUGUCGCCGAUUGCCAAGCUCUUCUCCAAGCACUUCAAGGUGUCCGAGCAGGUGGACUUCCUCAACAAGAACGACUCCCGCAUCUGCGUCGGCACGCCCAACCGCCUGGAGAAGCUGGCUUCCGAGGGCGCUCUGGAUUUCUCCCGUGUCCAGGUGGUCAUCUUCGACAUGAAGGUCGAUGCCACUGGCCGGUCGAUUUUCGAAAUUGCCGAGGUCCGCAAGGACCUGGCCUCCUUCUUCCGGACCACCCUGUCGAAGAACCUGAUCGCCGACCAGACCCCCGCGGCCAAGGGGUCGGCCGCCACGUCGGCCCUGACCGAUCUCCUGGGAUCGGUGUUCGAGACGCCGGCCGGGACCGGGAAUGCCAAGCUCGCGCUCUUCUGAGGUGGGUCUUCUGGCGAUUUGUACUUUUCCCCCCCCCCCCCCCCCAGCUCGGCCCCCGGGCCGGCGUCACCGUGUACUCCCUCUCCUCUCCCGUUGCGCCGCGCGUUGGUCAAAUAUAGAAGCGAGCUGUGGCACUUUCUCCUGG